AUGGCAAGAAGAUAUUGGAACAUAAAUUUGGAAGAGAUGUUGGAAGCAGGAGUUCAUUUUGGUCAUGGUACUAGGAAAUGGAAUCCUAGAAUGGCGCCAUAUAUCUCUGCAAAACGUAAGGGUAUUCAUAUUACAAAUCUGACUAGAACCGCUCGUUUUUUAUCAGAAGCUUGUGAUUUAGUUUUUGAUGCAGCAAGUAAGGGAAAACAAUUCUUAAUUGUUGGUACCAAAAAUAAAGCCGCUGAUUCGGUGGCGCGGGCUGCAAUAAGGGCUCGGUGUCAUUAUGUUAAUAAAAAAUGGCUCGGUGGUAUGUUAACAAAUUGGCCCACUACAGAAACGAGGCUUCAUAAGUUCAGGGACUUGAGAACAGAACAAAAGACGGGGGGACUCAACCGUCUUCCGAAAAGAGAUGCAGCUAUGUUGAAGAGACAAUUAUCUCGCUUGCAAACAUAUCUGGGCGGGAUUAAAUAUAUGACGAGAUUGCCUGAUAUUGUAAUCAUCGUUGAUCAGCAAGAAGAAUAUACGGCUCUGCGAGAAUGUAUCACUUUGGGAAUUCCAACAAUUUGUUUAAUCGAUACAAAUAGCGAUCCCGAUCUCGCAGAUAUUUCGAUUCCAGCAAAUGUGAAUGAUCCAAAACAAAAAAUAGUGGUAUUUGCUAGCAACAACAUAAUGGAGGUCAAGGCCAUUGUAGCUGUUCGGAAUCCACAACCAUCCGACUGGCGGGCAAAAAUUUCUUCGAAUAUGUCUGAAUUCAUUCGGGAUGUGAGCAACAAAACUCAGAUUGGAAGAGGAAAUAUGGCUCAUGGGUCCCUUUAUUGGAACUAUGUUUUUAUUCCAUUUUGUUUCUAA